AUGGGAUCUGCGGCUCGCAAAAUGGUUCUGCGGUCGCAUAAUGGUCCUCAAAUUUGGCAAAUCUUUCUGCUUCGUUCCGCGGCCGAUCUGCGGCCCGCAAACUGGUUCUGCGGUCGCAUAGUGGACCGCAGAACUGCCAUGUUCUGUCCUGAGAUUAUUCCUGUACCGCCUGCAGUGCCAGCUCAGCUCGAGGACAGGGAAGCUGCUUCCGAGGAUAAGCAGUUGAGGCUUGAGAGGUUCAAGAAGUACAAGCCUCCUGUAUUCAGUGGUUUAGCAUCAGAGAAUGCUCUGGGGUUCCUUGAUGAGUGUUAUCGCAUUCUCCGCACCAUGGCAAAGCAAAAUGGUUUAACCAACAUUAAGACUUCUGUUUUUCUUUUACUCUCUUUUCUUAAUUUGGUUUUAAGCAAAGAAGGCUGUCAGGAAAUUCAAGAUGUUGAAGAACUGAUAAAUGCAAAGAUACGUGAAGUCAACACUAAAUACUUCCAUAGUCUUAUUAGAGGCAGAAGAAGGAAACUCUAUACCCACAAAAUCAAAGACGAGAAUGGACAGUGGAUCCAAGGUGAUGAGGCUAUUGGUAAAGCAACAUGUGAUUUAUACCACGACCUUUUCACAAAUCCAGGAGGAGUCAUCAGGGAAGUUCUGUUGUCAUGCAUCCCCUCCAUGAUCACUCCUGAGGAUAAUGUAAUUCUGUCAGCAGACCCAACCUUACAGGAGCUCAAAGAAGUUGUGUUCUCUAUGAAUCCCACAAGUGUUGCAAGGCCAGAUGAUUUCAAUGGCAAAUUUUACCAAUCUUGUUGGGACAUCAUUAAGGAUGAUCUGCUAAAUGUUGUACUAGCUUUCUUUGCGGCUACAAUAUGCCAAAAUACAUGA